CCGUGGGGAGGGGACUCGGGGACGGGCGGCUCGGGACAGACGCAGAGACACUUGGGGCUGGAGGCGGCCUCGGCGGCCCGGGCCCGGCAGACCCAGCGCCCCCGCGCCCGCCGCCAUGCAGGACGGUAACUUCCUGCUGUCGGCCCUGCAGCCGGAGGCCGGAGUGUGCUCCCUGGCGCUGCCCUCGGACCUGCAGCUGGACCGCCGGGGCGCCCAGGGGCCGGAGGCCGAGCGCCUGCGAGCCGCCCGCGUUCAGGAGCAGGUCCGCGCCCGCCUCCUGCAGCUCGGCCAGCAGCCCCGGCACAACGGCACCGCCGAGCCCGACGGGGUCCCCAGGGCGGCCCGAGGCGUGUCCCGGGGCCAGUACCACACCCUGCAGACCGGCUUCAGCUCCCGCUCCCAGGGCCUGAGCGGGGACGGCGCCUCGACCUUCCGGCCCAUCGCCAAGCCCGCCUACAGCCCGGCCGCCUGGUCCUCCCGCUCGGCCGUGGACCUGAGCUGCGGCCGGAGGCUGAGCACGGCCCACAACGGGGGCAGCGCCUUCGGGGCCGGGGUCGGGGGAGGCCGGCCCGCCGUGCCCGCGCGGCCCGUGUCCUUCCAGGAGCGCGGGGGCGGCCCGGGGGACUACGACACGCUGUCGCUGCACUCGCUGCGGCUGGCGCCCGGCCUGGAUGAGCGCGGCAGCGCAGCCUCCGAGCAGCCGGAGCCCGCCGCCUGCCGGGCCUUCGCCUGCGAGCGCCAGGCCGGCGCCGGCGCGGGGCGGGCGGGCGGCCUGGACUGGCCCGAGGCCGCCGAGGGGGCCCCCGGCCGCCCCAUCCGCGCCCCGGCCAUGCGGACGCUGCAGCGGUUCCAGAGCAGCCACCGCAGCCGGUGGGGCGCCGUGCCCGGCGGCGUCCUCGAACCCGUGGCCCGCGCGCCCUCCGUGCGCAGCCUCAGCCUCAGCCUGGGCGAGGCGGGGCCCCUGCCGGACCUGCGGGGGCUGGACAGCUACGGCGGCCAGCGCGCCCUGCAGAGGCUCAGCAGCGGCUUCGAUGACAUGGACUUGCCGUCGGCAGUGAAGUACCUCAUGGCCUCGGACCCCAACCUGCAGGUGCUGGGUGCGGCCUACGUCCAGCACAAGUGCUACAGCGACGCCGCCGCCAAGAAGCAGGCCCGCAGCCUCCAGGCCGUGCCGCGGCUGGUGAAGCUCUUCAACCACGCGAACCAGGAGGUGCAGCGCCACGCCACGGGCGCCAUGCGCAACCUCAUCUACGACAACGCCGACAACAAGCUGGCGCUGGUUGAGGAGAAACGCAUCUUCGAGCUGCUGCUGCUCACGCUGCUGGAGCAGGACGACGAGCUGCGCAAGACGUCACCGGUGCCUGAGCCCCCAGAGGACGACGAGCUGCGCAAGAACGUCACCGGCAUCCUGUGGAACCUGUCCUCCAGCGACCACCUCAAGGACCGGCUGGCCCGCGACACGCUGGAGCAGCUCACCGACCUGGUGCUGAGCCCCCUCUCGGGGGCCGGGGGGCCGCCCCUCAUCCAGCAGAACGCCUCGGAGGCUGAGAUCUUCUACAACGCCACCGGCUUCCUCAGGAACCUCAGCUCGGCCUCCCAGGCCACGCGCCAGAAGAUGCGGGAGUGCCACGGGCUGGUGGACGCCCUGGUCACCUACAUCAACCAGGCCCUGGACGUGGGCAAGUGUGAGGACAAGAGCGUGGAGAACGCCGUGUGCGUGCUCCGGAACCUGUCCUACCGCCUGUACGACGAGAUGCCGCCGUCCGCCCUGCAGCGCCUGGAGGGCCGUGGCCGCAGGGACGUGGCCGGGGCGCCGCCCGGGGAGGUGGUGGGCUGCUUCACGCCGCAGAGCCGGCGGCUGCGGGAGAUGCCCAUCGCCGCCGAUGCGCUGACCUUCGCCGAAGUGUCCAAGGACCCCAAGGGCCUCGAGUGGCUGUGGAGCCCCCAGAUCGUGGGCCUGUACAACCGCUUGCUGCAGCGCUGCGAGCUCAACCGGCACACGACCGAGGCGGCGGCCGGCGCCCUGCAGAACAUCACGGCCGGCGACCGCAGGUGGGCGGGCGUGCUCAGCCGCCUGGCGCUGGAGCAGGAGCGCAUCCUGAACCCGCUGCUGGACCGCGUGCGCACGGCCGACCACCACCAGCUGCGCUCGCUGACCGGCCUCAUCCGCAACCUGUCCCGCAACGCGCGCAACAAGGACGAGAUGUCCACCAAGGUGGUGAGCCACCUGAUCGAGAAGCUGCCGGGCGGCGUGGGCGAGAAGUGCCCGCCGGCGGACGUGCUGGUGAACAUCAUCGCGGUGCUCAACAACCUGGUGGUGGCCAGCCCCGUGGCCGCCCGCGACCUGCUCUACUUCGACGGGCUCCGCAAGCUGGUCUUCAUCAAGAAGAAGCGCGACGGCCCCGACAGCGAGAAGUCCUCCCGGGCCGCCUCCAGCCUCCUGGCCAACCUGUGGCAGUACAGCAAGCUCCACCGGGACUUCCGGGCGAAGGGCUAUCGGAAGGAGGACUUCCUGGGCCCCUAGCCGAGGCCAUCCCGGAGGAGGAGGAGGACUGGACGUGGCCCAGCCCCCCGAGGCCGGGCCCAGCCCCCGCGGCCGCCGCCGAGGGCCGCCUGGAGGAGGAGGCCGGUGGCCCGGUGCUCGCCCAGCCCCGUGCAGCUGGGAAGGGCCGGGCCACCGGGGAGGACGGGCGGGGGCUUGCAGUGGGGACGUGGCUUCUGCAGGGCGGGGAGUGGGCAGGGCUUGAGGCUGCUCUGGUGCAGGGGUGGGGACGGGUCAGGCUGGCGGAGGCGGGCUGUGCGUGGCCGCAGUGCUGCCCACGCUGAGAAUAAAGGUGGUCGUGAAGACAGCA